AACUGGUGCGCAGAUACACCUAUUUGGAACGGCACAGAAAAGUAGAAAGGCAAAAGGAAACCAGAGCAUAAAGACUGAGCCAUGAAUAGUAGUCAGUGCCAGGUAGUCAAGGGUCCGCGGAUCGGUGUGCGACAUUUGCAAUCGCUGCUGCUCUUCCUGGGCCUCACGGUCAUACACAUUGCGCGCUUGAAUGUCAGCGUGGCAAUUGUCGCCAUGACCAAUGCAGCAUCCACGAAUCCCAAUUUUCCGGAAUACAAUUGGACGGAACGCCACAAGUCGUAUAUACUAUCCAGUUUUUAUUGGGGCUACAUUUUGACCCUGUGUCCGGGCAGCUUUCUCUGCCGUCGCUUUGGCCCGAAAGUCGUGUUCUUCGUGGCCACCAUUGGCACGGCCGUGUUUAGCCUGAUAACACCGUGGUGCAUCUCGUGGGGCGACUGGCAGGCCUUCUGUGCCAUACGCAUUUUGCAGGGCCUAUUCCAGGGCGUCAUCUUUCCCUGCGUGAACGAACAUUUGGCCAUGUGGUCGCCGCCGGAGGAGCGCAAUCGGCUCGGCGCCUUCAGCUAUACGGGCACGGAUUGCGGCACCGUCUUGGCCAUGUUCAUCAGUGGCAUGAUAGCCAAUGGCGCAAUGGGCUGGCCAGGCAUCUCGUAUGUGUCGGGCACAUUGUGCGUCGUCUGGUGCAUACUCUGGCUCGUCUUUGCCGCCAAUAAUGCGACUGAGUCGCGUUUCAUUAGCGAGGCCGAAUGCAAGUAUAUCGAAUCGUCGCUGCAGCACAACGAGGACUUCCACGAGCGCAGCAUACCCAUACCAUGGCGUGCCAUUUGCUGCUCGGUGCCAUUCAUGGCACUGCUCGUGGCCCGCUGCUCGGAGACGUACGGCUUGAGUACGCUGCAGGCGGAGAUACCCUCGUAUAUGAACGGUGUCCUCAACAUGGAUAUACAAAGCAAUGCAGUGUUCUCGGCGCUGCCCUUCCUGGCCAUGUGGCUGCUCAGCUAUGUCUAUCUGAUUGUCGCGGACAUUGUGCUGAAGCGCAAAUUGCUGUCGCUCACCGCGGUGCGCAAACUCUUCAAUACGCUCUCCUUUUGGAUACCUGCGGUGACAUUGAUUGUGAUCGGUUUCUUGGGCGAGGAUCAUGCCAACUGGGCCAUUGCGCUGAUGACGCUUAGUGUGGGCGUCAAUAGUGGCGCCACCAUUGGCAGCUCACUGAACACAAUUGAUCUGUCGCCGAAUCAUGCCGGCAUCCUCAUGGGACUCAGCAACACGGUGGCCAAUGUGAUACCCAUACUGACGCCCCUCAUCGCAGGCGUCAUUGUUGUGGACAAGGUAAGAGAAAUUGAAAUUGGCUCUGCUCAGCUUAAUGAUGUUGGUUUCUUGUUGCAGCACGAUCGGGGUCAGUGGCAAAUCGUUUUUGGCAUUGCAGCCGUCAUCUUUUUUUUGGGCAAUUGCGUGUUUCUGGCUUGGGGCACGGCGGAGGCUCAGCCGUGGGAUGCCGAUGACUAUCUGAAGCCGAAAGAUGCGGAAACAUGCCAAGAGAAGCCUGCACCUGUUGCAACUAUAGCGUCAGCCAAAGAGUCCGUGCUGGAGCAGCCUAUGAGCUGGUCCGAACGGUACACGACAAAGGUCACGGAUUAGUUUAUA